AUGACCACAAUGACAACGACAAAGGGGAAGGUCGUGUUGGUCGGUGCCGCUAAUGGCGGUAAAUCGGCGAUUCUACGCCGCCUUAUGUACAAGGAAUUCGACACUGACAUGAGGUCGACAAUCGGCAUGGAUUUUUAUACAAGAAGAUACCCAAUUAAUCUGGAAAAGAGUAUAACUCUACAAAUUUGGGAUACUGCUGGGGAAGAAAGAUUCAAAAUUCUAAUGCCAGCCUACUUACGCAAUGCUCAGGUGGCGAUCAUCGUCUUCGAUCUCUCAAGCGGAAAUGCUCCGGAGCAAGUGACGAAAUGGGUCAAUUUUGUCGAUCGGCAACGUGGUGAUGAAACAAAACUAAUCCUUGUUGGCAAUAAAGCGGACUUGAAAGGGAUCCGAAGACCUAGUAACGCUGCAUUGAAGAAAUUAACGGCAGAACUAGAUGUACCAUACUUUGAGACUUCUGCCCUGACAGGUGAAAACAUCGAAGAGCUGUUUCAAUUAGCAGCUCAAUUAUCAGUCCCCGUCAACCAGAAAGAUGAUCCCGAAACUUUCCGUCUCGACCGUACGAAAUCGAUAAUUCGGGCAAAAAACGGAUGCGCCUGC